AUGCCGUUUCAGAUAAAUAAUGGCGAUGUCCAUGUAUGUUUGGGAAAUUAACAAAAAAUCAAAAGAUUAGCUUUAUGCAUCUGUUUCUGUUUGAGUCAUUAUGUCUUAGGCAGCACUAUUUUGUUUCUAAAGUUUAAACAUGAAGAAGGAAGGAAAAUCUGAUGUUUCAAGGCCUUAUAAAUUGGCUCAUCAGACAUUGUGCAUUCGUGCAAUUAAUUUGGAGAAGAAGUCCCUAAUUGGUUAUGUUGAACUUGUCAUCCAUCCUUUGAGACAGGAUCUGAAAAGAGUGAAGAUAAACAGCAAGCAGUGUCGUAUUUAUCACGUAUCAAUAAAUGAUCAGCAUGAGGCCAAAUUUCUCUACAAUGACCCAACAAUGGAAAUCUGCCAGGGAGAUGCAAAACAGAGAAAUCUUGAUUACUUUCAACACUGUCAUUUUUCUGCCAUGUCUGCAGUAGACCCUGACAAUGGAAAUGGAGAAAUCACGGUUCGCUUGCCUCCAGAGAUGUACUUGAAUAUUGCAGAGUUACGCCCCUUUCGCGUAAGCAUUGAGUUUUCGUUGGAAAACCCAAGAGGUGGUCUACAUUUUGUUGUGCCUGAUAUACCUGGACCUGUAAAUGAAAAGUCAGCUCACGCAUUCACUGGAGGUCUCAAUAAUUGUUCAAGAUUAUGGUUUCCAUGUCUGGACACAUAUUCUGAGCCAUGCACAUGGAAAAUUGAGGUAACAGUUGACAAUGAUCUGACGGCAGUGACCUGUGGUGACCUCAUUGAGGUAAUAUCCACUUCUGACAAAAAGCGAAAGACUUUCCACUAUUUCCUGUCAGUUCCUACUGCAGCACCUAACAUUGGAAUGGCUGUUGGGCCAUAUGAAAUUUAUGUGGAUCCCAACAUGCAUGAAGUGACACACUUCUGUUUACCACACCUGACAGAAAUCCUUAAACACACAACAGGAUACAUUCAUCACGCUUUUGAGUUUUACGAGGAGCUGCUGUCCAGUAGAUACCCUUACUCCUGCUAUAAACAUGUGUUUGUGGAUGAGGCUUAUGUAGAAUCAUUGUCUUAUGCUACCAUGUCUAUCUUAAGCACAAACCUACUACACUCAAACAGGAUUAUAGAUCAGACUAUCGCCACUAGAACAGUCCUGGCGGAGGCAGUGGCUAAACAAUUCUUUGGAACAUUCAUCACCAUGCAAACUUGGUCUGAUGCAUGGUUACCAAUGGGGAUCUCAAGAUAUUUAUGUGGCCUUUUCAUCAAGAAAACAUUUGGAAACAAUGAAUACAGAUUCAGAAUUUCAAAUCAUUUGAAAGUUGUCCAGGACUAUGAAAAUAGAGUGGGGGGAAUUUUGCUAGAUGCCACAAAGCGGGACUGCAAUCAUCACUUCUCCAUCAAAAAUCCCCACACAGUGUCUCCACGCUACAUGGAAGCCUUCACAUCAAAAUCACUGUUAGUGAUCAGAAUGUUAGAGCAGAGGAUUGGUGAACAGCUUCUCAUACAGGUUUUUAACAAGUUGGUAGCCCUGGCAACAACAGGAGCUGCACAGAAAGUGGCAGCCAACACUUGGGGGAAUUUGCUCCUCUCCACCACCUCUUUCCUUAAGAUUAUUUCAACAGUUACUGGAAAAGACAUUACCCCUUUCUUGGAGUUAUGGGUAUCUCAGAGUGGGUGUGCUAGGUUCUUUGGGAAUUUUGUGUUCAACAGAAAGAGGAAUGUGGUGGAACUAGAACUGAAACAAGAUCUUGGUGCCAAAGGGGCCCUCAAGUAUGUGGGACCACUUACUGUUACUAUUCAAGAAUUGGAUGGUUCUUUCAACCAUAACUUCAAAAUCGAGGAAAAUAAGACCAAAUUUGACAUAACUUGCCAUUCUAAAUGCAGAAGGAACAAGAAAAAGAAGAUUCCGCUGAUGACGGGGGAGGAAGUGGAUAUGGAUCUGAGUGCAAUGGAUGCUGAUUCUCCAGUGUUGUGGCUUCGGGUCGAUCCUGACAUGAGUCUGUUAAGUCAUGUGACAUGGGAACAGCCCGACUACAUGUGGCAGUACCAGCUGAGAUAUGAACGCGAUGUUGUUGCUCAGAGAGAGGCCAUCAGAGCUUUGGAGAAUUACCCUACAGCAGGGACCAGAAAGGCACUGACAGACAUAUUAGAGGAUGACCACUGCUUCUACAGAAUCAGAAUGGAGGCAGCUCACUGUCUGGCUAAGGUUGCCAAUUCAAUGGUGGGUGUGUGGGCAGGACCCCCAGCCAUGAUGACCAUAUUUAGAAAAAUGUUUGGAUCUCAUUCUUGUCAAGCCAUCAUCAGACAAAAUAACUUCUCCAACUUCCAAAAUUACUUUUUGUUGAAGACUAUUCCAAAUGCCAUGGCCAUGCUCCGAAACAUCCACACUAUUUGUCCUCCAGAAGUGUUCAAAUUCAUCAUGGAACUCUUCAAGUAUAAUGAUAACAGUAGGAACAAGUUCUCUGACAAUUACUACAGAGCUGCUUUGGUGGAAGCUGUUUCUAAAACAGUGACCCCGGCCAUCACUCUCAUGAGUACGCCAGGACAGGGGCCUACGGCAGACAAUUUGUCGGUAGAGACCAAACAGAUUCUGGAGGAAAUUACUCGUUACCUGAACUUGGAGAAGUUACUGCCAUGUUACAGGCACACAGUUACUGUCAGUUGUCUUAGUGCCAUCAGAACGCUACAGAAAUUUGGACACUUGCCCAGUGAAGUAGAGUUCUUCAAGAGUUAUGCCAGACAUGGGGUGUUCCGGGACGUUCGACUGGCAGCCAUUGACGCCAUUGUGGAUUUCAUUAAAACUGAGUCCCGGCCAGAGGACAUGUAUUGGAUUUUGAGUUUGGUGGAGACAGAUCCAGACCACUAUGUUAGGCAUUAUGCGUUGCGUCAACUAGUUUUAAAUCCCCCCUUCAGAAGAUUGGAAACAAGUGCCCUACACACAGAGGGUCUAGUGGAGCGACUGUGGAAGAUGAUGAAUUGCACAUUUUCAUAUGAUAGUAGACUGCGUUGCGAUGUGGCAGAUGUUUAUUUCACACUGUAUGGACGGACCCGCCCAUCUUGUCUGCCGAUCCCUGAUAACAUGGUCGUGCUCAAUCUGAAGGACAAAAGAAACAAGAUGAAUCCUGCAUUUGUUCCUGAUGAAAUGGAGGAGAUGUUCGAAGAAGAUGAGGAAGAGGGAAUGGAGGAAGAGAAUUCUCAGAUGGACACCGAGAUAGACGUUGAUGUCACUGACAUUGGAGGAGAGGAAGCCUCCCUAAAGAGGAAAUCACCCCCCACCUCAGAACAGCCAUCCGUCCUGUCAUUGGGAAGUGUUCCCGAGACCUGCCCAGAGGGAAUCUUUAACGAAGACAGCAGUUCACAGUCCAAAAAACUGAAACUCAAGAUGCCUUCAGAAACACCUAUGGAAGCCCAGGUAACUGAGCCCUCAAAGGCCUCUGAGACUCAGGAAGUCACAGUGCCAAAAACACCUAUCACUCCGUCAUCAGCGACUUCUGCUUACGCUGCUGAAUUCCUCAAAUUUGUUGGGGUCAAGCAAGAGCCACCAAUUGCAGAGCCUCAGUUGUCCAUCACCAUAGAUACCUCCUCUAGGCUGAGCGAAGGGUCAUCAUCACCAACAACCACAACAAUGGCAUCUGAAUCUAGUGCUCCACUGUCAUUUGCUGGACUGUUGCCAUCAUCAACAUCUGCUCCCGAUUUGUCGUCUGCCACAGACUCCAAAGCUCAUAAAGCCAAAAAGAAAAAGAAGAAAAACAAACACAAACACAAGCACAAGCACAAACAUGAACGAUCAGACAAAGACCCACUGGGAAAGAUUCGAGAGGGUUCUCUGAACAGCUCGGAGAAUUCACCAAAUUUAAUCCAAACCACACUCAGCUCUCCUGAAUUGGAGAUCUAAUUGUCUAUUUGUUGUUAAAUAAAGUUACUUGUAUAUGUACACGAUUGCUUUUUUUUUAUGUAAAAAGUUUAUUAGUCUACUUGUUUUAAUCUCAAAUAGAAAAGGAUUUGGCGAAAAGCAUGUUUAUUCAUUGUAACAAGACCUUUUAAAUGAUACAGAAUCUCUUAUUUCUUGACCUGAACAUUGAAAUUUUACCCAUUUUUCUUAAAAAAAAAAAAAAAAAAAAAAAAAAAAAGGGACCUGUAAUACAGGACCUUCAUAUUUAGUGUUUGUAUUGUGACAAGACCUGUUCAAUAGUAUCAAAGUUUAUUAUGAGCCUGUCUUUAAAGCUGUAUGGUCCGCAUUACAAUAUUUGUUUCCAUCUUGUAAAAACGCUAUUAAAUCAUCGCACAUAUGUAGUUAUGAGGCUGUACGACAUGUCAUAAAUUAUUUCACCUGUUUUAACCCAAAUUAUUUGAUUUUAAAUCGAUGUUUACAAAUAACCGCGUCACUUUGCCAUUUCAAGUGUCACAAACUUUCAGAUCAUCGGUGGUCUUAUCUGUUUAAAGCUGUGUAUUUUGUUAUAACAGUACCGUACCAUAAGUUUAAUAGAAAUAAAAUUAUCAAAUACCUCUUAGUAAUUCGUUGUUUUACGCUCUUUCAGCCUUAAAACUAGACAGUUGCGUAUGAGUUCAUACAUCAUGUUGGGAUUCCCCUGACGUGUGUGGGUCUAUUUAUAGACGUCUAUUUGAAAUUUGAUUUAUUAAAUUAUUAUUUAUACACAACGUUGGUUUCCUUUUCCUGUACUUAGCUAACUAUGUUUAAUUAGGAUAUUUGAUGUUGCUUUGUUUUUAUUUAUCAUAUCGAUUCUAAAAUUAGAUUUGGUAUUGGUCAGUGUAAUUAGAUGACCAAUCAGAUUAGAGUAGCCGGGAGCAUUGAUGCCUAGAGGGGGAUGCUGAUUAAGUUCAUUGUAUAGCCUUGUAGGAGACUGAAAGUAACAGCAGCUAUUAUUUUUGCCUUUUCAACAUUUAUCUAUAUCGUGAUUCCUUUCAAUGAUCAUAUUGGAACUUACUAUUCAUCUUGGAGACGUUUUCAUGUAGUGUUUUCCACAUAUAUAGAAGAUUCUGGGAGUUGUAUUUGUUUGUGUGACUGGUGCAUUAUUUUCCCGCCAUGGGACCUAAGCGAUCUAAUCGAUCGGUACCGUACAAUCCUGAACUACCUGCUAAUUGGACUUCGGCACGUUUGAGAGAAACUCUGAAUUCCCGCGGUAUUAACUUUCCCACCAAUGCUCGCCGAUCCGUGUUGAUACGUUUGAUUGAAGAGAAUGAGAAUCCUAUAAAUAGACCUACGCAGUCCCACAAUGACACAUCCCACAAUGCAACGCAACGAGUAAACAACAAUGGCGAACAGAGAGUGUUGGUAGACUUGGUGUCAAAGUUGACAUCAACGGUUCAAUCGCUGCAACAAAGUGUGGUGUCGUUAAACACUAGAGUGAAUUCUCUUACCGCUCAGGCUAAUAUUCAGUCGGACAAUGCCGUUGCAGGGAGACCGCUUCUCCGGACAGAAACGGCAAGAAAUGCAACACGGGUGACCACCGGUAACAACGAACCUCCAACUUCGGCGGGUCUGUCUACAGUACACGUAUCCACAGACUCUUUGCCCAUUUCUCCGACGAAUGAAAGCCGUGGUUAUGAUCUGGCUUCCGCUUUCCCUGCUUUCCAAUCGCGUCAAGUCUCGGCUGCUGCUGGAUCACCUGGUCAGCUCAACAAUGUGAGGACGACCUAUGGCUACGCUUCUGAAUCAUUACCAUUGGUAGAGACUAUAUCGCCACAACUGAGACAGCAGAUAGUGUCAGGUAAGGACGUGAACCUAGCCACUCUUCUUAUUCCCUACUUCACUCCCAUUGAGUCACCAGAGGGCAAGUCUGACCAGAGACUGCAACGUUUCCUGACCAUUGGGGAAUUCAUUCAAGCUUUCGGCAUUUAUAAGAACGUUAUGUGUGAGGCCUACCCUCACCGAAGAUCGGAAUUAGAUUUGUAUGAGAGAGACUUAGUGGACAUGGCCACCCGUUAUCCUGGGAAAGGUUUUUACGAAUAUCACCGCCAUUUUAGCCUUAUGGCCGCGGCUCAGCUGAAAUUCAACAACAUUUUAGUGGAUUGGUCAAUUCGUAACAAUACAUUGUUUUGCAACAUAUUUGCCAACUCAAAGCCCCAGUCAUGUGCUGCUUGCAACAGCACCCUACAUCUGACUGGAUUCUGUCCAUUGAAUGCCAACAGAAGACCCACUGACAGCAACGAUUCGUACGGGCGCAAGAGAAACUUCCACGCAGGUAGAGAAAUCUGCAACAAUUUCAAUGGACAACGGGGUUGUCAACUAGCCAGAUGCAGGAAUGCUCAUAUUUGCUUGGAAUGCAAAGAAGACCAUUCCAAACUUAACUGUCCAAGCACAAAAACUCCAGUUGGCCCCAGUUCUUUGGGGCCUCCACUCACCAGAAGCCACAGAGGGAAAUUUCGACUUCGAAAUAACGACACCAGUGCAGAUAGAUAUACUACAAGAUCUGCUGAUAGACCACCCAGAUAGGGAUUUCACACAGUAUUUGAUUAAUGGAUUACGAUGUGGCUUUUACACGGGGUUCAAAAAUAUUCCAAACAAUAACUUUGAAUGUAAAAAUCUCAAGUCGGCGAUUCAGUAUUCCAACAGUGUAACGGAACUACUACAACAGGAAGUUGACAAGGGUUACCUAUUGGGUCCCUUUACAGAUAUUCCUUUUCCUCAUUACCGUAUAAAUCCAAUUGGUAUAGCAAUUAGUAAAUAUUCUAAGAAAAAGAGACUCAUCGUGGACAUGUCGGCGCCUCAUAAUGACUUAGAUAAUCCUAGCUUGAAUGACUUGAUCAACAAAGAAGACUUUUCUCUCAGCUAUGUGACCAUAGACGAUGCUAUACAGCUUAUCAAAAAAUGUGGAAAGAAUUCUAUGUUGAUAAAAACCGAUAUCACAGAUGCAUUUAAAAUAAUGCCUAUCUGCCUUCAAUUGUGGCCCUUUCAUGGUGUUAAGUGGGAAAACCAAUAUUAUUUUUACAAACGUUUAGUAUUUGGAAGUCGUUCAAGUCCCAAAAUUUUUGAUAGCUUGUCCUUUGCAGUGUGCUGGAUUGCUACACACAAAUACCAAAUGCCCAAUAUUCUACACCUACUUGAUGAUUUCCUAGUAGUCGUUCCUCCAGACUCGAAUGCUACCGAAAUUAAGCUAAAGCUGCUUAGCCUUUUCAAAGACUUGGGGAUUCCACUGUCGGUUAAAAAGACUGAAGGCCCAAAUACGGAAUUGGAAUACUUGGGUAUCUACUUGGAUUCUUUCAACAUGAUAGCAAGGUUACCUAAGGACAAGAUUGAUCGCAUCUCAGAAAUAGUGGAAUCGUUCCUGCACCGCAAAUCCUGUACAAAAAGGGAAUUACUUAGUUUACUUGGACACUUAAACUUUGCAUGUAGAGUAAUCCUACCAGGACGAUCUUUUAUUUCACACCUUAUCGCUCUAUCCACAACUGUAGAACCAUUACAUUACCAUAUUCAGUUAGACAGUAUGUGCCGAGCAGAUCUCACUAUGUGGGCUAAAUUCCUUCGUUCAUGGAAUGGCGUUUCUUUUUUCAUCAAUGAUGACAUUGUGAAUGCAGCAGAUAUUCAACUUUUCACGGAUGCCACCCCAUCUUCCUUUGGUGGAUUUUACCAGAAUGACUGGUUUCUAGGAUAUUUUCCCAAAGAAAUUUUGCAAGAGAAGACAUCAAUGGCCUUCUUUGAACUCUACCCCAUAGUGAUGGCAUGUCUUCUGUGGGGCGAUAAAUGGAAAAGGAAGCGCAUUUUGUUUCAUUGUGAUAACAGAGCAACCGUAGAUAUUAUAUGCAAGGGACGUUCGAAAAUUAAAAGCAUAAUGAAACUUAUGAGAACUUUGACUUUUCACGCGGCUAGCAACCAUUAUAUCAUUCAUGCUAAGCAUAUUGAAGGUACAAAAAACUGUAUUGCUGACUCUCUCUCUCGUUUCCAGAUGCAGAGAUUCCGAACCUUAGCUCCCCAAGCCAACCCCUUUCCAGUGCCUUGCGUGCAUCAUUCGGUGAUGAUGACAGACUAGAUCAGGAGUUGCAGGGACUUUGGGAAGCUUCACUGAACCAGUCAACUCGCAAGACAUAUUCUUCAGCCUUACAGUGUUUUCAGAACUUUAUGAUUAUGAAUGGUGCUAAGUUCUCCAAGCAUGGGUUACCUCUCAUACAAGAAUCAGACCUUGUUUAUUUUGUGACACAUUGUAAAUCGGUGCUGAAAUUGAAACAUGACACCAUUAAAUUAUAUCUUGCUGGCAUUAGGUUUCACUAUAUUAAGUCUGGAUUGGGCGAUGUCUUGAAAGGAUGCGAUCAGUUGCAUUAUGUGUUAAGAGGUGUUAAAAGAUUACAGUCAAAUGUCCAUCACAAGCGUUUUCCUAUUACUACAAGAAUUUUAGCACAAAUAUGGAAUGUUUUAGACCAGGGAGUUUUUUCUCCUUUUGUAGAUCUCAUGUUAAAAUGUAUGUAUUCAUGUGCAUUUUUUGGUUUUUUGAGAUGUGGUGAAAUCACAUGCAAAUCUCAGAAUGUAGAACAAUUUUUACAAAUCUCAGAUGUACAUAUUAAACCAGGAGGAAGUGCUUUUGUUUUGAAAUUAAGAACCUCCAAAACAGAUCCAUUUUCAAAAGGUGUUGAAAUUGUUAUUUUUGAAAAUGACCACUUUAAACCGGUGUACACCAUGAUAUCAUAUUUAGAUGCUCGCAAAUCUCUGUUUAGUUCAAACACUGGCAAAUCGCCAUUAUUUGUAGACAAUGAAUUUAACCUUAAACCCAUGCCAAGAGACACUUUUGUUCUGCAACUGAAAGAGAUACUCCUUCGGAUUGGAUAUGAUGAUAACAAAUUUUCAGGUCAUUCUUUUAGGAUAGGUGCAGCUACAGCAGCGGCUGCAGCUGGUGUUGAAGAUCAUGUUAUUAAAGAAUUAGGUCGUUGGUCUUCAGACUGCUACAACAGAUAUAUUAGAACAGAUGUAGAGGCUGUUCAAAAAGCACAAGUACAAAUGUCAUAUUUGUAAUAUGUUGUUUCUUUUUUUUUUUUUUUUCUACUGUGUACAUGAGCCUAUUAUUAUUACAUGUUAAAAAUUUUUUUUUUUUUUCUUUUUUCAUGACUACCGGUUCUUGGGGGCUUCACUCAUUCCUUUCGUUCAUUUGGCGUUCAUUCCUGGGGGAAUUUUGCCCCCAAGGGAUUAUUUACUUAUUACAUACAUUAUUUGUUUAUAUGUACAUGUAUUGUAUUAGAACCUGUAUAUGAAUUAUGUUGGCAGGCGGUAUAUUGUAGAUAUUAGGUUGACACGUUUUUCGGGCAGGAAUCUCGGCCACGUCUAUGUUUCUCUGUAUAUACAUGGUUAAGCUCACAGAUCAGCUCGAGCUUCAUUGGAUUUGUAUUCGGGUUUGUUGGUUACCCGCUGGGAUCAGCCCCGGGUAAGCUCCCUGGGAUCAGCCCGGAGCUUCAUUUCCAUUCAGUUUUGCAUGCAUGGGGAUUUGCUCAUUCAGCUCCCUGGGAUCAGCCCGGAGCUUCAGUCUGUUUUCUCGCCCGCUGGGAUCACCCCGGGCAGCUCCUUGGGAUCAGCCCGGAGCUUGUUUUGUGUUCAUUAACCCGCUAGAUUCAGUCGCGGGUAGCUCCUUGGGAUCAGCCCGGAGCGUCAUCACUCCUUUUGGACCCGUUGGGAUCAACCCGGGGUAGCUCACUGGGAUCAGCCAGUUGCUUAGUUGUGGUUUUAGUCCAGAUGGUCGUACGUGACCUGCUGGGAUCAGCCCAAGGCUAGUUCACUAGAGUUAGUGUAGAGUAGAGUAGAGUACAUAUAGUUAUGUAGUAUUGGAGUUAUAAGAAUGAGAAGCCCCCAGAACGCCAAACUGUAUUUUAUUUUUUGUUGUUUUGUACAUAUUGUAUGUUCUUCUGAUGUAGGCAUGUAUGUUAGUAAUCAAUAUGAGUUUUCAGUUGGAUAUGUAAAUAAAUGUUAAACUCUGACUGUCUGGUGGUUGUGUAUAAAUUGAAAUUUGAUUUAUUAAAUUAUUAUUUAUACACAACGUUGGUUUCCUUUUCCUGUACUUAGCUAACUAUGUUUAAUUAGGAUAUUUGAUGUUGCUUUGUUUUUAUUUAUCAUAUCGAUUCUAAAAUUAGAUUUGGUAUUGGUCAGUGUAAUUAGAUGACCAAUCAGAUUAGAGUAGCCGGGAGCAUUGAUGCCUAGAGGGGGAUGCUGAUUAAGUUCAUUGUAUAGCCUUGUAGGAGACUGAAAGUAACAGCAGCUACCCACCCACCUUCCCCAUCAACUUCCCCGGCUCUCUUCUCUUAUUGGGGCUCCUCAUUCCUUUUGUUCAUGGCGUUCAUCCCUGGGGGAAUUUUGCCCCCAAGGGAGCGUUCAUUCCUGGGGGAAUUUUGCCCCCAAGGGAUUAUUUACUUAUUACAUACAUUAUUUGUUUAUAUGUACAUGUAUUGUAUUAGAACCUGUAUAUGAAUUAUGUUGGCAGGCGGUAUAUUGUAGAUAUUAGGUUGACACGUUAUUCGGGCAGGAAUCUCGGCCACGUCUAUGUUUCUCUGUAUAUACAUGGUUAAGCUCACAGAUCAGCUCGAGCUUCAUUGGAUUUGUAUUCGGGUUUGUUGGUUACCCGCUGGGAUCAGCCCCGGGUAAGCUCCCUGGGAUCAGCCCGGAGCUUCAUUUCCAUUCAGUUUUGCAUGCAUGGGGAUUUGCUCAUUCAGCUCCCUGGGAUCAGCCCGGAGCUUCAGUCUGUUUUCUCGCCCGCUGGGAUCACCCCGGGCAGCUCCUUGGGAUCAGCCCGGAGCUUGUUUUGUGUUCAUUAACCCGCUAGAUUCAGUCGCGGGUAGCUCCUUGGGAUCAGCCCGGAGCGUCAUCACUCCUUUUGGACCCGUUGGGAUCAACCCGGGGUAGCUCACUGGGAUCAGCCAGUUGCUUAGUUGUGGUUUUAGUCCAGAUGGUCGUACGUGACCUGCUGGGAUCAGCCCAAGGCUAGUUCACUAGAGUUAGUGUAGAGUAGAGUAGAGUACAUAUAGUUAUGUAGUAUUGGAGUUAUAAGAAUGAGAAGCCCCCAGAACGCCAAACUGUAUUUUAUUUUUUGUUGUUUUGUACAUAUUGUAUGUUCUUCUGAUGUAGGCAUGUAUGUUAGUAAUCAAUAUGAGUUUUCAGUUGGAUAUGUAAAUAAAUGUUAAACUCUGA